GAUUUGGAGCAGCCACGCGCGGCCCGGGCGCCCGGAGCUAUAGCAGCAGCAGCUGCCGCCGCCGCCGCCGCGCCGGCAGCCCCAGCGCCGCGGCCGCCACCGCGGCGGGCACUCGCGUUCCGGGCGCGCACGGACCAUGGAGAGGGCGGCCCAAGGCGCAGACGGCGGCGGGGGCAGCAACAGCAGCAGCCGCAGCAGCAGCCGCGCCACCUCGGCUGGCUCCUCGCCGUCCUGCUCCCUGGCCGGCCGGGGGGUCGCCAGCCGGUCGGCGGUAGCCGGGCUCGGCGGCGGGGGCAGCCGCAGCAGCCCGGGCUCGGUGGCCGCUAGUCCGUCGGGAGGAGGCGGCCGCAGGAGGGAGCCGGCGCUCGAAGGCGUGCUCAGCAAAUACACUAACCUCCUCCAGGGCUGGCAGAACAGGUACUUCGUGUUGGAUUUUGAGGCCGGCAUCCUGCAGUAUUUUGUGAAUGAGCAGAGCAAACACCAGAAGCCUCGGGGAGCCCUGUCUCUGUCUGGGGCCAUAGUGUCCCUGAGCGACGAAGCCCCCCACAUGCUGGUGGUGUAUUCCGCUAACGGAGAGAUGUAUAAACUGAGAGCUGCUGAUGCAAAGGAGAAACAGUUUUGGGUGACUCAGCUUCGAGCCUGUUCCAAAUACCACAUGGAAACGAGUUCUAAGACGACUCCAAGUUCCCGAAGCCGCAGUCUCACUUUGCUCCCCCACGGAACGCCCAAUCCUGCGUCUCCCUGUAGCCAGAGACACCUCGGCGCGGGGGCCCCCGGUGUUGUCACAGUCACGCAUCACAAGUCGCCUGCAGCCGCCCGAAGAGCCAAGAGUCAGUAUCCCGGCCAGCUUCACGAAGUCAGAGAGAUGAUGAACCAGGUGGAAGGACAGCAGAAGAACCUCGUGCACGCCAUCGAGUCUCUGCCCGGCUCUGGCCCCCUCACCGCCUUGGACCAGGAUCUGCUGCUCCUGAAAGCUACCUCCGCUGCUACCCUCAGCUGCCUGGGGGAGUGCCUCCACUUGCUACAGCAGAGUGUGCACCGGGCGGGCCAGCCCGGCCACAAGCCGGGGGCCUCAGAGAACAUCCUGGGAUGGCACGGGCCCGAGUCACAUUCCACGGAGCAGCUGAGAAACGGGACGCUUGGCUCUUUGCCCGCAGCCAGCGCCAACGUAACCUGGGCGAUUUUACCAAACGCCGCCGAAGACGAGCAAAGCCCGCAGCCAGAGCCAGAGCCAAACUCGGGCCCUGAACUGGUUUUGUCCGAAGAUGAGGACAGUGACACUGAAGACAAAGAAGAGACAGAAUUGGGUGCCAUGGAGGAUCAGCGUAGUAUAAUUCUUCAUCUCAUUUCACAGCUCAAACUGGGAAUGGAUCUGACCAAGGUGGUGCUUCCCACGUUCAUCCUGGAGAAGCGAUCCUUGCUGGAGAUGUAUGCAGACUUCAUGGCGCACCCGGACCUGCUGCUGGCCAUCACUGCCGGAGCCACGCCAGAGGAGAGAGUCAUUUGCUUUGUGGAGUAUUACCUCACAGCCUUCCAUGAGGGCCGCAAGGGGGCCUUGGCCAAGAAGCCCUAUAACCCCAUCAUCGGUGAGACGUUUCACUGCUCCUGGGAAGUCCCCAAGGACAGGGUCAAGCCAAAGAGGACUGCCCCCCACUCUCCCGCUAGCCACGAACACCCGAUGGCCGAGGACCCCUCCAAAAGCUACAAACUCAGGUUCGUGGCUGAGCAGGUGUCCCAUCACCCGCCCAUCUCCUGCUUCUACUGUGAGUGCAAGGAGAAGAGACUGUGCGUCAACACUCACAUAUGGACCAAAAGCAAGUUCAUGGGCAUGUCCGUGGGGGUCUCCAUGAUAGGGGAAGGUGUACUGAGGCUCCUGGAACACGGGGAGGAGUACGUGUUCACCCUGCCCAGUGCCUAUGCUCGGUCUAUUCUCACCAUCCCAUGGGUGGAGCUUGGAGGCAAAGUCAGCAUCAGCUGUGCCAAGACUGGGUACUCAGCGACAGUGAUAUUCCACACAAAGCCUUUUUACGGAGGGAAAGUCCACAGGGUCACAGCAGAAGUGAAGCACAACCCAACCAACACCAUUGUUUGUAAAGCCCAUGGAGAAUGGAAUGGUACCCUAGAGUUCACUUACAACAACGGAGAAACCAGAGUCAUUGAUACGACCACACUGCCAGUGUACCCCAAGAAGAUCAGACCUCUGGAGAAGCAGGGGCCCAUGGAGUCCAGGAACCUCUGGCAGGAGGUGACCAGAUACCUGCGGCUGGGGGACAUUGAUGCUGCCACUGAGCAGAAGCGGCUCCUGGAGGAGAAGCAGCGGGUGGAGGAGCGGAAGCGGGAGAACCUGCACACACCAUGGCGGCCCAAGUAUUUUAUCCAGGAGGGUGACGGCUGGGUAUACUUCAAUCCUCUUUGGAAGGCACACUGAUGGGGUGGAGGUGCAGCUUUCAGAAAUAGCCCUGUUUUUUGUAGGAAUUAAAGUGGUUCAGUAUCAAGGUUCUGCUGGUAUUCACGGAGACCUCUUGUUAUCAUUCAAGAAAUGGUACCCGAGAGAGAACUUAUAUACUGUGAAAAAUGCACCACCAAACUACUAGUGGAUUGGAUUUAUUCAAGAGCCAUUUGGGGCAUGUGUGUAUACACAGUGUGUGUGUGAGCUCCCAGUACACUGUAGGUUCACAUACACACAUGCACUAUAUGCACAUGUCUGCUGGGUAUCGUUACACAUGUAAAUACUGCACUUAACCAAGAUUUAAGUGGGUAAUUAUGAGCUCCUUUUUAUCAACGAGGUUUGAAGUUUUCUAUUUUUCACUUUGCCAAAAAUGUUUUGCACUCACAAAAAUACUCUCGGGUAGUCAACUCCUGUCAAAACAAAGGUGAGUUGGCAUGGCCCGGUUGAUGUCCAUAUGGUAGAAAGUGGCUCAUUCCUGGUGGAAGUGUAGGUGGCUGUCACUUCACAAUUCUUGUUGUGAUUCCCACCUCCCUGUCCACUUCAGCAUUUCGUUUGUCCUUAAGAAAGAAAAACUGCUAUUUCCUGCUGAAUGGUGAGUGGGCAAGAAGCUGUUAAAGGUUUAUGCCAGAGCCUUCCAAGAUGGAGCACCUUUGGGAGGACCGAGCCCACCUUGGAAUAUUCCUCCUAUCUACUUGCCCCAAAAUCUGACAAUUUCUCAUGCUCAAAGUAUUAAGUUACACAUUUUCCAGAAGCUGCUUCUUUUACAGUAGAAACCAAGUCAUACAGAGACUUCACUACUUUUGUGAUGAAAAAGGGCUUUAGAAGUUAAAUACACGCAUCCAUAUCCAGAACUGCACAACCACAGCCUCAAUUUUGUAUUUAGUUUGGGGAAAGAGAAAAGAAUGUCCUGUGGAUUUUUUAAGUGCGCCUCUCUUGUUUGACCCAAACUCUGCAGGAAAACCACUGUGAUUAAAUAACACACACAGAAAGACUAUGUAAGUGUUCCAUGGUUUCAGCUGAAUUUCAGUCCUCUGCCUUUACAAAUGAGGUCAAGACAUGACGAGAAUAUACAGCAAGGAAAAUGAAGUAUUUGAUUAUUGCUCAGUGCUUAAUUUAUUUUUUACUGUGCCACUCAGAAUAUUUAUAAAACCCAGUAGCAUGAAUGCUUCUCUGUAGUAAUACUAAUUUUGUGCCUUUUUGUCUGCUUUCUUAAGACCAAUUGUUCACUUUGUAGAUAUUAGACAAAUAUAUUUCGAUUAAGUACUGU